AUGGCGAGAUUUCGUGUUAGCUUCUUCAGAUUGAUUCAAGGGUUCAACAACGACGACUACAACUCCAGAGCAUUUUCCUUUAGGGGCACGUGCAUGAUGACUUACCGGCUGUCAUCGAUAAGGUUGGAUACCGUUGAGGUCAGUGCAGGUAUAAGAAAGGCUGAGAGACGAGAAAACGGUUGUCCCGUGGCUAUCGAAUUAAGAACGAUAACAGGACUUGUAGGUUCUCGUGCAAUUCUGGAUCAUGUGACAAAAACAGGAUCUUUGGAUGACAUCAAUGUUGUCAACCGAUCACCACUGAUGAAUAAGAUUGCAAAUGGUGAUUUGCCACUGGUGCAGUUUGUAGCAAAUGACCGUACAUACAACUAUGACUAUUAUCUAGCGGAUGACAUCUAUCCAAAGUGGCAAACCUUUGUGAAGCCGUUGAAAAAGCCGGAAGGCAAAGUUUUAUCUGUCAAGGUUAUAGAAGGGCUGGGCGUGGCGAGAGUGGUGGAUUCCACUCAUCCGGGGUUCGUUGCCGGUGACAUUGUUUCGGGAAUGACUGGCUGGGAGGAAUACAGCUUGAUUGACAAGCCUGAACAGCUGAACAAGAUUCAGCAAAGUGGCAUACCACUCUCCUACUAUUUGGGGCUUCUCGGCAUGCCUGGUUUUACAGCUUAUGUUGGAUUCUAUGAAAUUUGCUCGCCGAAGGAAGGAGAGUUUGUCUUUGUUUCUGCUGCAUCGGGAGCAGUUGGCCAGAUUGUUGGUCAACUUGCAAAGCUCCAUGGCUGCUAUGUUGUCGGAAGUGCUGGAACAAAUGAAAAAGUUAAACUCCUAAAAGAUAAGUUUGGAUUCGAUGCAGCUUUUAAUUACAAAGAGGAGCCUGACUUGACUGCAGCCCUAAAAAGGUACUUUCCUGAAGGUAUCGACAUCUACUUCGAGAAUGUAGGAGGACCAAUGCUAGAUGCUGUACUCCUUAACAUGCGGAUGCAUGGUCGCAUAGCAGUAUGUGGGAUGGUCUCCCAGCACGGCAUGACUGAUCCUGCAGGGAUCCACAACCUCUUCUGCCUGGUGCCAAAACGGAUUAGUAUGAAGGGCUUCAUCCAGAGUGAUUACAUCAACUUAUUCCCACAGUUCCUCGAUUACAUGACCAAGCAUUACAAGGAUGGCAAGAUUGCAUAUGUAGAAGACAUGAGCAUUGGGCUAGAGAACACACCAGCUGCCUUUGUUGGUCUAUUCAGCGGUAAAAAUGUGGGCAAACAAGUCGUGUGUGUGUCACAAGAGUGA